AUGGAGGUACAAUAUCUCACAAUUCUGUUAAGUGUUUUGUGGUGUAGCUGCGAUGCUAUUAUGUGGAGCUUGGCACCUAACACUCAAAAGUGUUUGAAGGAGGAAUUACAAGCAAAUGUACUGGUAGCCGGUGAAUAUGAAAUUACAGAAUUAACUGGUCAGCGCGUUGAUUAUAUUGUUCGGGAUUCUAAAGGACAUAUAUUAGCACAGAAGGACAAUAUCAAUAAGGGAAAGUUUACCUUUGUAACUGAAACAUAUGAUACAUUUGAAGUCUGUUUUAUAUCAAAAAUGCCACCAGAACGUCGUGGGGUUGCACAGGAUGUACACUUAGAUAUUAAAGUCGGAAUUGAAGCUAAAAAUUAUGAAGGGAUUGGUGAAGCAGCAAAGUUGAAGCCAAUGGAACUAGAGCUAAAGAGGCUGGAAGACCUCUCGGAGGCCAUUGUCCAAGAUUUUACCCUCAUGAGAAAACGAGAGGAAGAAAUGAGAGAUACCAAUGAGUCCACAAACAACAGAGUUUUGUUCUUCAGUGUGUUCUCAAUGGUAUGUCUACUGGGGCUGGCUACAUGGCAAGUGCUGUAUCUACGCCGCUAUUUUAAGGCCAAGAAACUUAUUGAAUAA